AUGAAGUUCUCCCUCGCCGCUCUCGCUACUCUCCUCGCAUCCUCCUCGCUCGUCGCUGGAGCUCCUCUCGCUCGUCGUGACGUUUCCUCGACGCCCAAGUUCACAGGCAAGCUCGUCGAGCCUUCGCCUGACGGCACGACCGUCGCUCUGAGCGAGCCGUUCUCGUUCGCUUUCGACGGAUCCGUCCCCUACGACCCUCACUACCCUGAAUCUCUCCGCUCCAUCGACAUUGGCAUCUUCGACCCUCGCAACACCUUCGAGCCCGAAGGGGUUAUCGACGUCAAGAGUGUCGAGGCGGGUGGACCGGGAGGCUGGCUCAACACGACUGUGACGCCGAGUCAGUACAUCUCGGAGCCGGGGCAGUACUACCUUAUCAUCACGGAGCACCAGCUCGACGUCUACACUUCCCCCGGACCCGUCUACCGCGUCCAGACCUACAACGUCUCGCUCACCGUCACCGCCUGA